AUGCACGCGAUCGGCAUCUCCUCAGUCAAUGGUUCGGAUAUCUGGUUCUACCAGACUUUGCCCAAUGAGUUAUCCGGAAUCCCGCUUGUUGCUGGAACCUCCGAAUAUUUGGUCAAUAACAAAAACAUGGAAAUCCUGUUUGAAGUGCAUGUCCGCGAAAAUGUGACACCCAAACAUCGGUUCUCCCUGGUUUUGCUGAGACCAACAGUUGAACAGAUGCUCGGUUUUCCAAGAACGAGGGUGAUUUUUUUGGAGUUUUUGGCAAACGCAAUGAAUAUAUCAUCGAUUUCUAUUUUGAAUAUUGAAUACAUACGACUUUCACCUGACAACAUGACAAUUGUGUCAUUUCACAACAACUCGAAGGAUUCGGAACUGUGCGAUUUUAACAGCUUCCACUCAAUGCUUACAAAAAUGACAAAUACGGACGGUAGCCUCAAGGACGCGUUUGUGCUUUCGAUGUUCCCCGACUAUUCCGUCCAUAGUCUCACCUUCGAACGUUUUGAGGAAUGCGCUGAUCAUCCGACAUCCCAGCUGCCAACGUCCAUGCCUGCUCCUUCUGGUGAGCAAAUUGUGUUGUAUUUUAUUGUUCUAUUUGGCGCCAGUUAUGGUUUGGCGAUGCUUUUUUAUGGAUGUUAUAUUUGCUUGAGCAGGCAAAUUGAUAGAGCUCAGAAACGCAGUGCUGGAAGAAUUCACAAGAACUAUCGGAGAGUGGCGACAGAUCACAGUGAGGCUUCAGUCCACGUCUAA